GCUAGGUUAUUAUAAAUAACAUUCAAAACCGAACAUCAGACAGGAACUCUCUUCCUUCAACAAAAAAAAAACACACCAAUAGAGAUCCAAGAAAGGAGAGGCCAUUAAAGAGAGAGAGAGAGAGAAAUGGGAAGGUCACCUUGUUGCGAGAAAGCUCACAUGAACAAAGGAGCUUGGACUAAAGAAGAAGAUCAUCUUCUCGUUGAUUACAUCCGCAAACACGGCGAAGGUUGCUGGCGUUCUCUCCCUCGAGCCGCCGGUUUGCAGAGAUGUGGAAAGAGUUGUAGGUUGAGAUGGAUGAAUUAUCUAAGACCAGAUCUCAAGAGAGGUAAUUUCACUGAGGAAGAGGACGAACUCAUCAUCAAACUCCAUAGCUUACUCGGUAACAAAUGGUCGUUGAUUGCUGGGAGAUUAGCAGGAAGAACAGACAACGAGAUCAAAAACUAUUGGAACACUCACAUCAAGAGGAAGCUUGUCAGCCGCGGGAUUGACCCAAACACCCACCGUCCGAUCAACGAAUCCGCAAUCCAUCCUUCAAAAACAACAAUACCGUCACUUCUAAACGACGAGCCUGUACAAUUCGAUUUGGCCGAACCGGAUCAACAUCAGACGGUUAAACCGGAAACGAUGGCGCUAGACCGGGAAGAGGUUAAUAAUGAUAUCAACAAUAAUAACUCCACGAGCAGUGGAACGACGUCGGACGACGAUUGUGUACUCAAUUUGGAACUCUCUGUUGGUCUGGCUACUACGAGGUACCAGUCCACCCGGAAGGCAAAUCUUGACUCGGUCGAGUCCACUGGACGGUGGGGAUCCGAGUUGUUCGGGGCUCAGGCUGAAGUGUGUUUGUGUUGUCGGAUAGGGUUUCAUAAUGAGUCGUGUCCUAAUUGUCGUGUUUCGGAUGCUCGAACCAUCUGGGAAUCGAAAAUUCUUUAGGAAUAUUUUAUAUAUUAGUUAAUUUGUAACUGUAUUUUUGUUUUGUUUUGUUACGUUUCUUCUUGUAAUGAAUGCAUCAAGUAACAAAAAGUAGGAUAAAUUUUCUGCUGGAAACAGAUUAAUUUAACGUAGUAUUAUUAUUUGUUA